CAAGGCAGCUUGGUUUAUCUGUGAGUGCCAUACUUUGGGAAGAGAAGCAGCCUUUCAUGACCCAUUUAGGGAGCACCUGUUAUGCUUCCGCCUCAUUAAUCAAGCUGUUUUUUCCUGAUAAAUGUUGCUGGGCAAACACCAUUGGUCUUCCACUCCUUAUUCACGUUACUCUACAGUCUGCGCUGGAAGCACAGGCAGCAAAUGGUGAAUAGGUUGCUGUGUUCCAGCAGUUCUACAGCACCGGGAGCUGCACAAUAACCUGAAAUACAAUGAGAACACUUUUACUUGCUAGCUUUCUCCUUACUGCUGUUGGGAUUUGCCUAAUGAAAAGCCACGUAACCAGACCAGCGGCUGGCGGGAGCACACAUUUUGCGGUGGAUUUCUAUUGUGUUCUCUCUCAGUCCAGGAAAAGGGAGAACAUUCUCUAUUCCCCUCUGGGAGUUUCCUUGCUCCUAAGAAUGGUGCAUCUAGGAGCCAAGGGGAAAGCACAUCAUGAGAUCAGUCAGCUUUUGAGGUUGCGAGGAAAUGACAGUGAAGCCUUGGAGCUACUCCAGACCUUGUUUGCUGUCACCUCAGAAGAAAAAGCAUUUACAUUUAAUCUUGCCAAUGCCCUCUACCUUCAAGAAGGAUUCCUGGUGAAAGAACAGUAUCUCCAUAGCAACAAGAAAUUAUUUCAGACGGCUGUAAAGCUGGUGAAUUUCGAAGACACUAAAGCUUCUGCAGAAGCCAUCAGUACUUGGGUAGAAAAGAAAACAGAUGGUAAAAUAAGAAAUCUUAUUUCAAGCAAUGAUCUUGGUCCCUUGACUCGACUUCUGUUGGUGAAUGCCCUUUUCUUCAAGGGUAACUGGAAGCAAGUGUUCCAAGCAGAAGACACUACUCUGAUGACUUUCACGAAGGGUGACCGUUCCAUAAUCAAGACACCAAUGAUGCAUCUUCAGCUGACAACAAAGCUUGGCAUUUUUUCUGACCAUAAUGUGAGCUACCAGGUCUUGGAGCUACCAUACAAAGGAGAGGAAUUCAGUUUUGUUCUAAUCCUCCCUGGAGAAAAAGUGACUAUAGAAGAGGUAGAACAACUCAUUACAGCCGAACUGAUAAAAGACUGGUUUGCAGUGAUGGAAGAGGAUGAGGUCGAAAUCAGCCUUCCUAGGUUUAAAAUAGAGCACACAAUGGACUUGAAAGAGUUUCUCCAGCCUCUCAAUGUUACUGAGAUAUUUAAUAAUGGAUGUGACCUUUCUGGAAUAACAGACUCUGCUGAUGUACACAUUUCUAAGGCCAUUCAGAAAGUCUGCCUUGAAGUAAGUGAAGAUGGCACUGAAGCGGCAGCAUCUACUGGCAUGCACGUGGCAGCAAUCAUGAGCCUGUCCAACAAGCGGUUUGUGGCUAACCGGCCAUUCCUGUUUAUGCUGAAACACAACCUUACGGGUGUUUAUAACCUGAAAAAGCCCAAUGAAAAAGCAGAGAAUACAUCUCUAAAACACAUCAUUUAA